AUGGUUAAAGCUACAAUAUUAGGGGUAGUAAGUAAGAAUUUAGCCGGUUUGGGAGGUGGUUUUGCUGCCGAGAAAAAGAGUGCAGUUAACUUUGUGCGAGCAGGUAUAGCAUUAAGGAUGGUAAUGAUGAACGGAGUAGCACCUGCUCCUGAGGAAAUGCUAGUGGGAUUACAAGGAUUACCUGAAUACAUUACUUUUAGAGAUAAGGAACCGACUUGGAAACCUGAUCCAAAUUUUGCCAAAGACUUGUUAAAAUUGAUGAUACAAACUCACAUUAAUAAUGAUCCUGCUUUUCCUAAAAGGCUGGAAAUAAGAAUGGUGAGUAAAUUGGUUCAAGCGACUGAAUUAACUGAAACCGAAGCAAGGCAGGUUUUAAAUGCUCUGAUUGUUAAGAAGAUAAAAGAAGCAGAGGAUGAUGAUAAAGAAUAUGACAAGGUAAAUAAAAGAGGUAAGAAUUUAGCCACUAUUAAGAAACUCGCUGCCCUUCAUAAGGUAGUAUUGCCAGCUGACAAAGGAGGCACAGUGAUUAGGAUGGGUGAAGAAGAGAAUGAAGAUAAAGAGAAGAUAUUUGUUUUGAGGAUGGAAUACAAUUUGGCUUCUCCUACUAAGAGAAAGUUUGGUAUACUUGAUGAAAGAUUACAAAAAAUAAGAGACCUAAUUAGAGGAGUGUUUAAAGAAGGCAAAAUAAAAGAGGAGGCAGACAGUGCUUUAAGAAUUGAUUCUCCAGAAAGAUACCGAGUAUUUGCAAAAAAACUUGGUGAGGACAAUGAUUUAUAUAAUGAUUUAAUUAAAUACAAAAGAUAUGAGAGUGAUGCUAAUAAAUUCAUUUAUCGAAUAGAAGAGUUAGCAGAAGAAGCGAUAAAAACAUCGCAAUUAGAGGCAAGGGUUGAAGUUGUUGCAAAAAUCGAAUUUAUUAAGAAUGAAACUAUUGACAAUGUAAAGUAUGAAGAAUUAGAAGGCGAUUUGGAAAUUAAAGGUUAUUCAAAUUUAGAGAAAAUUUUGUUAAAUUCUGCUAAAAAGAUAAGUAAGAUAAGUAUUGAAGAUUGCCCUAAUGUUAAAGUAAUUAUUGUCUAUGAUAAUCAGAUUACUGAAAUAAAGGUGCCGGAUGAUGGUUUAACUAAUCUGCAAAAGUUAAAUUUUGGCAAUAACAAGGUGGAAAAAAUUGACGUAAGCAAAAGCGUUCAGUUGGAGACACUUAUUUUUUACGGAAAUCCUACAGGUCUCCAAUUUGUUAAUGGUAUAAAAAGUUUGGCUAAGUUAGUUUCUCUAAACACUAGUGAGACUUUUCCGAUUAUAACUCUUUUGGAGAAGGCUAGUGAGGAUGAUUUGAAGGAAGUAGCCGAAAAGUUAAAAUUACCAGCGGAGGGCAAAUCGAAGGAUGAAAUUAAGAAAGAGAUAAUUGCAGAGAUAGAAAAGAAUAACCAAAAUAAAGAGAAAUUGAAAGAUCCUGAAAAUGGCAUACCAGAAUUGUUAAAUGAUAAAGGCGAAAUUGAUAAAGACAAACUAAAGAAUCUAAAAGAUGAUGCUGAAAAAGGUAAGAAAUACCAGGCAUUACUAGAUGAGCCGACUAAUGAACCGAUUAAGAACAAAGAUAAAAAUGAAAUUGAUCAAGCAAAAUUAACUGAAAAAUUAAAAGGGGCUGCUGAAUAUGAAGAGUUUAAGAGCAAAAAUCCAAAUUUAAUUACUGCGGAUGGCAAAAUAGACCAAAGUAAAAUUGAUGAAUUCAAAAAGGCUGGUGAUGAAGGUGAAGCUUUAAAGUUGGCGGUAAAAGUUUAUCUAGGUGAAAAGAAUUGGGAAAAUGAAUUGGAGUUAAAAGAAUUUGAGGCCCAAAUCCAAAAUAGUAUGUCAAACACAGCACAAAAUUGGUUAGAUACCAAAUAUAAAGACAAAAAUGGUAGUGAAGAAUUAACUGGCGAAUUAGAAAUUAAGGACUAUGUUAAUAUUCAAGAAAUUAGACUUACACGGCGGGACAAAAAAGGAAAAAUUGAAAAAGUUGUUAUUGAAAAUUGCCCUCAAGUAGAAAAGAUAAAAUUAGAUAAUAACGAAAUUACGGAGAUUGUUUUUAAGGGUAAUUUUCCUAAACUUGAACGACUAGAUUUAUCCAAUAAUGGACUAAAAGAGAUUGAUGUUAGUUUAACUCCUAACUUAAAUGGAUUAAACUUGAAUAGAAAUCCUGAUUUAGAGCGACCGACUAAGGAAGAGUUAGCCAAGGCAGUAAAUGAUAAAGCAGAUGAGUUUAAAGAAUACAUUAAGCCUAGUGAUUUAGAAACCAAAGCCAGGGAAAAAGGUAUGGUUUCCAAAGAGGAAUAUGAAAAAGUUGAGAAAGAAAGAGAUAGUAGGCCUAAUACAACUUUGGAUGAAUAUAAAAAGUUGCAAGAUAAUCAAGAAAAACACAAACCAGAAGAUUUGGAAAAGCACACUGCUGCCGAUUUAAAACCAGCAGAUUAUGAUAAUAUUAAAAAUAAACUUGAUGAAUGA